UUUCCGCUGCGGACCUGCAUUCCGAAAAAUCAUCAUGGACGUCGUCGGGAAGGUAAUGGGAUCAUUCAAUGCUGAAGCUCUGAAGGAGCCCCGAGGUUUUAUCAAGAUCCUGCAGUGGAUCCUGUCCAUAUUUGCCUUUGCCACAACUACAAGUGUCAACACGCAGCUUAGUUUUUAUGCACAAUGUCCUGCCAAUCUGACCAUGGUGAGACAGGCGACCGCGGUGUCCUAUCCCUUCAGGAUAGAGGAUCAGACCUAUCAGAUGCCCCUGUGUCAAAACAAGACCAAACCGAUAGAUGUUACAUUCGCUCCUUAUGUGGGAGGCUCAGCCUCAUCAGCGGAGUUCUACGUCUUCGUCGGUGUCAUUGUAUUCCUCUACUGCAUGGCCGCUCUCAUCCUUUACAUCUUCUUUGAUGAACAGUACCGCAAGAACAACCUCUACUCCAUUGGGGAUUUUGUAGUUUCCUGUGUAUUGACUGCCCUCUGGCUGAUUUCCUCCGCUGCCUGGGCUCAAGGAUUGGUCAAUCUCAAAUAUGACACUGACCUGGGAGAUAGUGACCUGUACCGCAGGAUUCCGGAUUGUGUAUAUGGCUGUGUUCAGGAUGGCAUGCCCAACUAUGCCAGCCUGAAUGUAUCUAUUAUAUUUGGGUUUCUGAACAUGGUAGUUUGGGGAGGAAACCUAUGGUUUCUGUACAAGGAGACACCCUGGUUCAAGGUGCAAUCUAAACCCCCUACCACUCCCACCCAGAGCCAGGACACUGACCCCCAAAGGAUCUAAGACAAGGGAGACUGAACAAAAGGAUCCAGCGAGCUAACAUUGUAAAGGGUUGAUUGGAUUGUUGUGAAUGAUAGGAUGAUGAAAAUGAUUUAACUAAAGGAGAAUAAAUUGUAAACAAGCUUCUCGAGACAACAAAUUGUAUGAAACAGACAUUGUUAGCAAAUAAUGAAGCUUGACUAUUCAGUGUUCACAAAGAUCAUGUUUACUGUUGAAUAUCACAGAAAAAAUAUAACUGAUAAAAGGGUAAAGCGAAUUACGAUAGGGAUACAGGCAAAUGAAAUGAUUGUCAUUGCACAAGACAACGCUAAAGAUUCCUGACAUGAGUCGAGAACACUUAUAAUUCCAUAAUCUUUGUGUUAGUGAUGGUACGACUGUUUGCUUAGAUCUGAUAUUUUAGAGAUGAUUGUUGUAAAUUGUAUAGCUGCAAUAUUAGAUAAUUCAGUCUAUGUUAGUUUUAAACAAAGAUUAAAGGAAAUAAUAUUUAUGUGAGUUUGCAAUCAAAAUAUAGCUAAAGUUAGAUCAUUUCUGUAACUAAUUAACACCAGAACAACUUUUUAGAUAUUGCACCUUUAAUACAAGCGCAAAUCUCAUGAGCUUGUGUCUUAAUCUGUUAUCCCAUAGAGAUGCGGAAGAAAAACAUACAAAAAGGGUAGGUAACAGAGUUGACAGAAGUCCAUACAACAGCUGUAUUAACUAGUUCACCCCUAAAGUCACAUUUGAAUCUUACCAAAUCAAAGACUGGGCAAGUCCAGUUUAGAUAUGUAGGGGUGAAUGAGUUAAGGUAACUAAAGAGUUAACAAGCAUUUCUGCUUUCAUUCAGAUAACAAUGUAUAGUGUUGGUUAAGAGAAAGGCGGACAAAGGUUAGGAUUUCAAAUUGUUGAUUACAUCUAGAUGGCCUGAAAUGUCAUCUGUGCCAUAUUGAUAUGUGCAAAAUGGUGUCAAUGCUGUGAAAUGACAAGUAUUUUUUAAAGUAUUUGUCAUCAGGUUUAGAUCUUGAAUCAAGAAUAUUUGUCUGUGUUUUUGCAAGACUUUUUACUUGUCGGUAGGUGUGCAUCGAUCUGAAUAACAUGCUGUAAGUGCUAUUUGUUGUUGCAGUCCUGUUUCUUUAUUAAAUCAAUUAUGCGAGGUGAUAGUUGGUAGUUAAAGACAGAAGUAGGUAUAUUCAUAUUUGUAAAUCCUCGGUUUGUAUUCCCAUUCACUCCAAUUAUGUACCAGAAAAACUUUUUUGCUUGAACAGAAGAGUUGAAAAAUGGAUAAAAAAUGGUCCACUAGUAUACAAAAAUACUGGAAUCUGUGUUAAUUUUGGACUUGAAAAAAGUGCUACUGCAAAGAUUUUCAAAGACGCAUAACAUUAGAGGUAAAGCCCGCUUUGUAUUUUAUAGAAUAUAAGCUCAAGUCUGGGUCUUCAAGCUGCAGACCCCUGCUAGAUGGAAACAAGAAAGUAUUCGUAUCGAUUUGGUAAAAACUAUUGCUUUGACAUGCUUCAUCCCAGAUGAUCCAACAAGUUAUUGGCUCUGUUCUCAGGAACUCCUACUGGAGAUUUCCAGUGACCAGACAUAUCCUCCCUGAACCCUGAAGGAUUCCACAUUUCUAUGGUCUUAAGAUGUCUAUGGUCUUUAGAUGUCGUUGGUUCAUUGUUCUUUCAAUCAUAUGCAAGCUUUACAUAUAUUUUCUAACAUCUCAUACGAUGAGUAAGCAACGAUUUCUAGUUUGAUAAAAAGAGUUUUAGAGUUUGUUGAAAAUGAAAUCAGCUUGUAUAAAAGUUUGAAUAAUUGUUGUUUUAUUAAGAUUUUGAUUAAGUUUUUCUUCUGUUUUUAUUUUCUCUCUGUUUUUUCCCUCCACAUUGUUAAGGUAUUUGAGAUAGUUUAUCAUUAACUGUCUUGUUGGGUACAAGUUUAUGAUUGUUAAUUGUCUUAAUUAGUUAGAGUUAUUAUCAUGAUAAUUAAUUGUCUUUUUAAGUAAAGUUACAGUGUGUAUUAUGAUUAUGCUAGUUGGCCUUUUCACACAUCAUAUGUAUAAUAUCUGGUGUUUGUCUUAAAGUGAUAUGCUACCUUGCAUAUUACACCUGCGAUUGUGUUGAAGUUAUCUCCCUUGAUUUUCGUAGGAUUAUUUAAUAAUUCAAAAUUAUUAAGUGUAAGUAUAUGCACAUUUGUAUUUUUGUGUAGCAUUUAUAAGUGUGGUCAUUUAAAUAAUCCAAAUCCAAAUAAUCGUUCAUCAGUAAUAUUUUACAGGUUUUCUUGUAAGUGUGAAACUCUUUUUUUUUUCUUUUUUUCUUUUCUUUCCGAAAACGAUACAUGCCCAAGUAGGGUAGCCUAUAUCAAGUCACAGUAAGGUGGUCUAUAUUGGUAAAAAAACAAAACAGAAUGAGGCUUAAUAAUCUACUCAGUCUCUCUUGUGUAUAUAUCUUGCAUAAAAAAGUCUUUUUGAACAUUUGAAAUUUGUGAUAUUUUGUGAAAUACCAUCUGACCAUUUUCUCACUGUACAAUGUAUGAGAUUCAUGCUAUUCCUGUAUAUAGUCUAAACACCAUGCUUAUUGAAACAGAUUCUAGUGGUGGAGACUUACAAAUAUGCAGAUUUGAUUAUGUCCCACAAUACGUUUCCUACCUUGAUUGUUGUAUGCUGCUCUGUUCGAGUGUAACUAUAUGAGCCUAUGAGUAACUGCAUUGUGGGUAAUUUACUGAAUGGUGUGUAGAUGAAUUUCGUAUGCUAGUGUACAUAAUCUGUUCUUGUGGAAGUGUAAAUUUUUGUCAAUAGCAGGAAUUAUCUGUGUAUAUGUAUUUAUAUUUAUAUUAACCACAUACAGGUGCCUCACUGUGUAACUACAGGUGUCGUCUAACAUUAUACUUUAUUACUGUGCUGUAUAUAUACUGCGCCUCACUGUUUCUUGGUGUCGACUAACUUUGUGUUUUAUUUCUGUUUUCUAUGCCUCUUUCCUGACAAGAGGUAAUGAUCUGUAUUAUUUCAGUGCUGUAUAUUUUCUGCAUUCUUUACCUUUACCUCUGGGUUUCCACAUGUAAUUUAGAGGGAAUACCGUGGAGUAAUAACUGGAAAUAUUUGUAUGUGUAGCUGUGUUAGAUUAUAAGAUAUGCAAA